GUAUUUUGUGAACUGUUAUUUUUGCUGACCCAUGUCUAACUUUGUACUAUUCUGUCGAGUUUAUCUUAUUUAUUGAUUUUCAUCUGUAUUUUCCUACCUGGUUAAGUAGCCAAUUAAAUUCUAUCUUUGUGCCUAUGCUCGGUCUAUCUCUCUUAAACGCUCUCUGUUUUAUGCCAUGCCUUACUUGGGUUCAUUCUUCUACUGACUGCUUACCUGAACGGUCGUGUCUGGUUCCGGCUAGUUCGCAAUUUUGGCUUUAACGUUAUUCCGCUCUGAUAGCGGUACCUUGCUUUCUGUUAAGCGUUGUGCUUUGUACUCUUGAAACCGUUAAGGUUUGUUGUAUAUAUAAUUAUUGAUUUGUUUAUUAAUAGUACCGUAGAAACAGUGACCGGCUUCUUGUUUGUUCUGGACCGGGAUAGCCUUUAUCUACGCGUGACUUAAUUUCAAGCGAUAUUGCGCUUACAGUACUUAACGGAGUACUUAACGUUACAGAGGAGACCGUACUGAACUGAUCAGUACUUAACGAAAGAGGAAUUGUCAUUGAAGAAAAUCCCGUACUGAACUGGUCAGUACUUAACGGAGUACUUAACGUAGUACAUAACGCCAAAGGGAUCGAGACCGUACUGAACUGGUCAGUACUUAACGCUAAACGGAUCGAGACUUUACUGAACUGGUCAGUACUUAACGCUAAAGGGAUCGAGACCGUACUGAAUUGGUCAGUACUCAACGUCAAACAGGAUCGAGACCGUACUGAAUUGGUCAGUACUCAACGGCAAACAGGAAAGACCGUACUGAACUGGUCAGUACUGAACGUUCGUCCAGAAGAAACUGUGGUGAAUUGGCCGCACGCAACGUUGUUGAAAAUACACUUUUCUUUGGAACAAUGCAAACGAGAUCAGAGAAGCAAAUUUCGGAGCAGCAGUCGGAGAGUCGGCAAGCCCCCAUUUUUAUAAAUGAUCAUGUUGAUAAUCUUUCGUGCCCCGGCUCUCAGGUCAGUAGUUCGAAAUCAUCAUUAUCGCGAAUAACUAGUGCUCAGUCGUCACUUCUAAGGGCGCAGCUAAAAGAGAAACAGCUUCGACAGGAAUUAGAGUUAGAGAAAAAGUUGCUAAAGGCUAGACAUGAUGUCGAAAUGGCCGAGCUGCAUGUGAAGUUAGCCACGGACGACGAACGGAACAUUGAGGAAUAUGAAAGAGGCAGUGUCAUUGAUAACCGGGAGCAGCUAGAACGAUAUGUGAAAGAUUGUGCCGCAAUGGCUGGCGGGGACGCUCCUGUUACGGUCAGGAAGAGCGCGGUCGUAGAGAAACUUGACAUGCCUAAGGUUGAAAUGUCCUAUUUUGAUGGCAACGGUACUGACUACUUGAGAUUUACCAAGGAAUUCGAGUAUUAUGUCGAGAAUAGAGUAAAGGACCCUGGUCAAAGAAUGUUAUAUCUGUUGCACUAUUGUAAAGGUCGAGCUAAAGCAGCCAUACAGGAAUGUGUGAUCUUGCGUCCUGAGAGUGCGUACGCGCGAGCUAAGGGUAUCUUACAGGAUCUGUUUGGGGAGAUCCACGUCAUCGCACGAAACCGUAUUGAAGACAUGAUUAGAAGCCUACGACCUGUGGCAGAAGAUGGAGAAUCUCUAUCCCGUCUAUCAAUACAGCUUCAGAAUUGCCUGAUUGCCCUAACUGAAAUGAACUAUUUGUCGGACUUAAAUUCCGUAACAACUCUCGAGAGAAUAGUACGCAUAUUGCCGAUAGCAGUUCGAAGGAAUUGGGCCAGACUAGCAGACGCAAGAAAUCAAGAAGGGCAAGAGCCAUCUUUUCAGGAUCUUUGCCAGUUUGUUUCUACAGAGGCAAGAGUGGCACGAAGCCGAUACGGACGCCUCGUUUCAGAGGGCUUUAACCGCCCGAACGCCCAAGUUUCACCAAAUAGACAGGGUCGUCAUGGGGGCACAUCAUUCGCAAUACAGGGAGAAAGGACCCCUGCACCCAAGCGACUGUGCAUUCUCUGUAGGUCUGACCAUGCUACUGCUUCAUGUCAGAAGUUUGUUGGAUUAGAUGUGCGAGACAGAUGGAGCUGCGUCCGCCGCCAUAGAGCAUGCUUUUUGUGCUUAGAGGUCGGACAUCGUAUCGAUCAUUGCGUAUCGGGUAUAAAGUGUUCCAAAGUUCAUUGCAGUGGUAAACAUCACCCACUGCUACAUGUUGAACCGGUCGUAAAUCAAGUGGCAGAACAGGGGACAUGUGCUGCUACUAUGCAUUAUGGAACGGCAGUUAUGCUAGGUGUGAUUCCCGUCAAGGUGCGGGCCCGCGGUAAGGAAACAGAUACUUAUGCCUUUCUGGAUAGCGGCUCCGACGUUACCUUAGUUACGAAGGAUCUAUUGAGCAGCUUAGGCCUAGAGGGCACACCAUCGUCUAUUACCUUGACAACAAUCAAUGGGGUGAGUCAGGUUCAGGGCAACAUGUGCGAACUGGAAGUCGCAUCAAUGGAUGAAAAUGAAGUGAUAAGACUUGACAGAGUGUUCGCGUUGCCAUCCCUGCCGGUCAAUGCACCCUCACUAUCGGUAUCACAAGAGGCCCGUCGCUGGCCACAUCUCCAGGAGUUGCCAUUCCGCGAACUUGAUGAUAAAAGGGUCACGAUGCUCAUAGGUUGCGAUGUUCCCGAGGCGCAUUGGGUCCUCGAUCAGCGUUUGGGUAGUCGCAAACAACCUUACGCAAUCAAGACAUUGCUCGGUUGGGUCUUGCUAGGGCCACUUCAUGGAAAUACGGAAAGAGGCACUGUCAACUACGCUCGAAUCAGCGAAGACAGUAUUAAAGACGACAUCAGAAGUCUACGUGAAGCUGAGCUUAAGGAUACUGAAGAAAUCGAACGCUCAUUUUCUAUCGAAGAUCGUAAGGCAAGCGAGUUGGUUACUCAAAGCACCGUCUUAGAAAAGGAGCAUUACAUCAUUCCCUUGCCAUGGAAAGAUCCAACAAAAGUAACGGACAAUAAUUAUGUAGUCGCCAUAAAUCCGUUACUCAAUCUGAAACAAAGGUUAUCGUGUGACAAGAACCUUUUAGCACGAUAUGUGGAUGGGGUAAAUACGAUGUUAAAAAAUGGUUAUGCCCUUCCGGUACCCCCAGAGCAGCUAGCAGCGAACUAUCGUUCGAGUUGGUAUCUUCCACAUCAUCCCGUUAUGAAGCCGAAAAAGCCAGAUAAACUGAGAUUAGUUAUAGAUUGCGCCAGAAACUUUAGAGGUUAUUCUUUGAACAAUAAGCUAUAUCAAGGACCUGAUACGAUUGCCGAGCUUGUUGGUGCUCUGUUGCGCUUUCGAGGAAAGCCUAUUGGUGUAGUCGCGGACAUAGCUGAUAUGCUUAUGCAAGUGAAGGUGCCAGUAGACGAUCGAGGAGCAUUACGAUUUCUGUGGUGGCAAGAUGGUUGGCUAGGCGUUGGCCGCGAGGAGUUAUUGCGGGAUGCGAGCAAUCCGCGGACGGACUUGUCAGAACAGUUACAAUAAGAACGAGAAACGGCGAGGUGAAGCGCGAUAUAAGUAAGAUAUGCCUACUAGAGGGAAGUCAUUUGUAAGAGAGCCGGGCACGAGGGUUAUUCUGUAUAACAUGAUUCAUAAAAUCCUAGUCGGAUUUUGGGGGCCGGUGUAAGAUCAAUUCUAUUCCCAUCCUUGAAUCAAGUCAACCUGUCCCGGAUCAGCCUAGCGUUGUUGCAACCCAAUUAUCCAUGCCUAACGUGUCUAUCCCUGCUUGUUUAAUGAACUGUGUGUAUGUGUUUUUACCUCGAUCCGUUUAGUCAGACAGUUGAACUCAUGGCCCAAUCAGAGUAUUUUGUGAACUGUUAUUUUUGCUGACCCAUGUCUAACUUUGUACUAUUCUGUCGAGUUUAUCUUAUUUAUUGAUUUUCAUCUGUAUUUUCCUACCUGGUUAAGUAGCCAAUUAAAUUCUAUCUUUGUGCCUAUGCUCGGUCUAUCUCUCUUAAACGCUCUCUGUUUUAUGCCAUGCCUUACUUGGGUUCAUUCUUCUACUGACUGCUUACCUGAACGGUCGUGUCUGGUUCCGGCUAGUUCGCAAUUUUGGCUUUAACGUUAUUCCGCUCUGAUAGCGGUACCUUGCUUUCUGUUAAGCGUUGUGCUUUGUACUCUUGAAACCGUUAAGUACCGUAGAAACAGUGACCGGCUUCUUGUUUGUUCUGGACCGGGAUAGCCUUUAUCUACGCGUGACUUAAUUUCAAGCGAUAUUGCGCUUACA